AUGAGAUUUCUCCAGGGCAAAUCAGCAAAGCCCGUGGCAGCAUUUAUAGCUGGUUUGACGGCUCCACCUGGACGGAGGAUGGGACAUGCUGGUGCUAUCAUCAGUCACGGAAAGGGUACUGCAACGGAAAAGAUCAAGGCGUUGAAAGAUGCAGGCGUGCACGUAACAGACUCACCGUCAGAACUCGGCACUACGAUUUCCAAGGCCCUAUUAGAAGAAGUAGCUCAUCUUUAUGAUUAG